AUGGAUGCACUUCCUCAACCAAACCCUCAACCCAACCCCAGGCUUAUGAAAGACUUCGGUAGGCCCCAAGUAGGAGGUUCACCUUCUUGUAUAGUGCUUACUGAUGCAGCUAGGAAUUAUGAGUUAAAAACAGUCCACUACAACCAGUUGCCAUCUUUUCACGGUUCAGCAAGCGAAGAUGCCCUUACCUUUAUCCGGGAUUUCUACGGGAUAGUCCAACAUUUCCCGUUGAAUGACCUGACCGAGGAUGCACUAAGAAUGAGGUGUUUUCCAUACACCUUGAAAGAUGCAGCAAAAACAUGGUUCAUGUCUCUCACACCGGGAUCCCUUCGGACAUGGCCGGAGGUGUACAACAAGUUUAUAGGUAAAUUUUAUUCCCAUGCAAAAACUGCUGAGCUAAGAAGAAAAAUUGCGACAUUUUCGCAAGCUGAUGGUGAACCGUUUCAUGAGGCAUGGGAAAGGUUCAAAAUGCUACUCAUUCAAUGCCCUCAUCAUGGCUACCCAUUGGAGCUUCAAAAUCAAACAUUCUAUGAUGGUUUGACUCAAACCAGCCAAUCAAUGGUUGACAAUGCGGCUGGAGGUGCCAUGGGAGAAAAAACGGCGGAGGAAACUUUAACAUUGUAUGAAAUGCUAGGGGCAAACUCCCAACAAAAGAGUAUAAGGGGACGUACACAAGGUAUGUAUGAAGUUAACUCAAAUACGGGGUUGGAAAUUCAGGUGUCUGAGCUAGCAAAACAAGUGAAGAGCAUGUGUUCUAUGAUGGGUAUGCAGCAAAAUAAUGCAUUUAUGAUUGAUGAAAAUGAUUGUGAGCAGGCCAACGCAAUGAAUAGUUUUAAUCAAAGGCCUAGAAACGACCCGUACUCUAAUUCUUACAAUCCGGGUUGGAAAAAUCACCCUAAUUUUUCUUGGAGUAAUAAUCAAAAUAAUUUUCAACCAGUUGCUCCUCAACCAAAAAAACCGUCUUGGGAGGAUUCUUUGGAUACUUUUAUACAGACCUGCAAUAGACAGCAAGAAGCAAACGAUCAACGGUUCCUACAGACUGAGGCAUCACUUGCUAAAACUGAGGCUUCACUUGCCAGAAAUGAAGCGUCUAUGAGAAAAUUGGAAGUCCAAGUGGGACAAAUCGCCGAAGCUCUACAAGGCCAUGUGCCAGGUAAGUUGCCUAGUCAACCUGAAGAAGCUAAGAUUAUGACUGUUCUAAGAAGUGGUAAAGUUAUUGAAAAUAAUGUGAAGGGAAAUACCACUUGUAAACAAUCUGAAAUAGUUGAAAAUUUGAAUGUUGAUAAUGAAGUCAAUAAGGAUGAACCCAAAUUGCAUAAAUCUAAUGAUCCUUAUGUGCCCCCUAAAUCGUAUGUUCCUCCCGUUCCAUUUCCUGGUAGAUUGAAAAAUUCAAAAUUUGAUAGAUCAUUUGCUGAGAUUUAUGACUUGUUGUCAAAAGUGAAUGUGAAUUUGCCUUUGUUAGACAUGAUUAAAAAUAUGCCUGCCUAUGCUAAGUUUUUAAAAGAGUUGAACACUAGAAAGCGUAGGUAUGAACAUAAUGAAAAAGUCUUUAUGUCUAAAACUGUAAGUGCUGUUUUGCAAACUGACUUGCCCCCAAAAUUAGAAGACCCCGGUAGUUUCAUAAUAACUAUUACAGUGGGGAAUUCUAAGAAAGAAAAGGCAAUGCUUGAUUUAGGGGCAAGCAUUAACUUGAUGCCAUAUUCUGUCUACUUGCAGUUGGGUCUGGAUAGAUUAAAACCUACUACAAUGUCCCUAGAGCUUGCUGAUCGCUCUGUUAGAUAUCCUAGGGGCAUUGUAGAAGAUGUCUUGGUCCAAGUUGAUAAACUAAUAAUUCCUGCCGACUUUGUUGUUUUAGACAUAAAUAAAAAGUGCAAUCAUGAGCAGGACAUGCCUAUUUUGCUUGGCCGACCUUUUAUGGCCACAGCAAAAACAAUGAUUGAUGUUCAAAAUGGAAAAUUAACCAUGACUGUCCUAGAUGAAACUGUUGAAUUUUCCAUUUUGAAAUCAAUGAAAUUGCCUGAAAACAAUAAUAAUCAUUGCUUUGCUGUAGACAUUUUAGAUUCCAUAAUUUCUGCUGAGUUUUUAGAUGAAUCUCCGUUGAAGGUCGAAACUGAUGAAGAGGAACCUAAUCAAAGCCCAAUAAAAGAGGGGGGUGUUGAAGGAUGUUCACUCGCAGACUGUCUGGAGCAAAUCAAAGAAAAACACCAUCCCUCAGUUGAAGCUGACGUUCCGCCCAAGCUGGAAUUAAAACUGCUUCCUAGUUCUUUAAAAUAUGCUUUCUUAGGUCCAAAUAAUACUUAUCCUGUAAUAAUUGCCUCUAACCUUUCACAGGAACAAGAAACAAAAUUGCUUGAUGUAUUAAAAAAAUAUAAAAGUGCAAUUGGUUGGACAGUAGGAGAUAUUAAAGGAAUAAGUCCAACGGUUUGUAUGCAUCGGAUCUUACUUGAAGAAGGAGCAACCCCUGUCCGUCAACCUCAGCGCAGGCUAAAUCCGAAUAUGAAGGAGGUUGUACGUGCAGAAGUCCUAAAGUUGUUGGACUCAGGUAUUAUUUAUCCAAUUUCAGAUAGUAAAUGGGUAAGUCCAGUUCAUGUAGUGCCAAAAAAAUCUGGAAUUACUGUUGUUACUAAUGAAAAAAAUGAGUUAAUCCCAACUAGAACAGUAACUGGGUGGCAGGUUGACAGGGCCAAAAUUGAAGUUAUUUCUAAACUACCUCCCCCUACAUCUGUGAAAGAAGUGCGAAGUUUUCUUGGUCAUGCAGGUUUUUACAGGCGCUUCAUUAAAGACUUUUCAAAAAUUUGUAGGCCUAUGUGUAACCUGUUAGCAAAAGAUGUUGUCUUCAAGUUUGAUGAUGAAUGUUUGUCUACUUUCAACUUUUUGAAAGAAAAAUUAACUUCUGCUCCCAUUCUUGCUGCACCUAAUUGGGAGCAUCCUUUUGAAAUAAUGUGUGAUGCAUCUGAUUAUGCCAUAGGUGCUGUUUUAGGACAGAAAAUUAAUAAACUGCCUUAUGUGAUUCAUUAUGCAAGUAAAACUUUGGAUAAUGCUCAGGUUAACUAUACAACUACUGAAAAGGAGUUGUUAGCUGUAGUCUUUGCAUUAGAAAAAUUUCGUUCUUACUUGAUUGGUUCUAAAGUGAUUGUUUAUUCUGAUCAUUCUGCUCUAAAAUUUUUGUUGGCUAAAAAAGAUGCUAAGCCUAGACUAAUAAGAUGGAUUUUAUUGCUCCAAGAGUUUGAUUUGACUAUCAGGGAUAAGAAAGGAUGUGAGAAUGUGGUCGCUGAUCAUUUGUCUCGUUUGCCUGAUGCAGCUAAUAAUUGUCCUACAUCUGAUAUUCCUAUAAAUGACAGGUUCCCUGAUGAACAGUUGCUUUCUUUACAAAAUAAAGAACCUUGGUAUGCAGACAUUGUGAAUUAUUUGGUCUCGGGUCAAUUUCACCCAGACUUGAAUUCACAAGGAAAACAACAUUUUCUUUCCAAAGUAAAAUAUUUUUUUUGGGAUGAGCCUUAUUUGUUUAAAAUCUGUCCUGAUCAAAUAAUUAGAAGGUGCAUACCUGAGUUUGAGCAUCAAAAUAUUUUGAAUCACAGUCACACUCUAAACUGCGGAGGACAUUUUAGUGGGAAGAAAACUGCAUUGAAGGUUUUGCAGUCUGGUUUUUAUUGGCCCACUUUGUUCAAGGAUGCAUUUGAAUUUUGUGCUAAGUGUGAUAGGUGCCAGAGGACAGGUAAUAUAAGUAAGCGCCAUGAAAUGCCCCUUUCAAAUAUUUUGGUUGUUGAUUUGUUUGAUGUUUGGGGAAUUGAUUUCAUGGGGCCUUUUCCCACUUCCUUUGGUUAUAAGUACAUUCUUGUGGCUGUUGAUUAUGUGUCGAAAUGGGUUGAAGCUGUGGCUACCAGAACAAAUGACAGUAAAGUUGUUUUAAAGUUCUUGAAAGAUAUUUUUGUCAGGUUUGGGACACCCAGAGCUAUUAUUAGCGAUGAAGGUACCCACUUCUGUAAUAAACUUUUUGCAGGUUUACUAAAAAAAUAUGGCAUUACUCACAGGGUGGCUACCCCGUACCAUCCCCAAACCUCUGGCCAAGUAGAGGUGAGUAACAGGCAAAUUAAAGGAAUCUUGGAAAAAACAGUGAAUCCUUCCCGGAAGGAUUGGGCUAUCAAGUUGAAUGAUGCAUUGUGGGCUUACAGGACCGCCUACAAGACCCCGAUUGGUAUGAGCCCGUACAGGUUAGUAUUUGGCAAGGCUUGUCAUUUGCCGGUGGAGUUAGAACAUAGAGCCUAUUGGGCUAUUAAAUUCUUGAAUUUUGAUUUGCAGAUAGCUGGUGAGGUAAGAAAAUUGAAUUUGAAUGAAUUGGAUGAAAUAAGAAAUGAGGCUUAUGAAAACUCAAAAAUUUAUAAAGAAAGAACUAAAGCCUAUCAUGAUAAGUCUAUUUUGAGGAAAAAUUUUGAACCUGGAAUGAAAGUUUUGUUAUUUAACUCUCGUUUGAGAUUGUUUCCAGGUAAGUUAAAAUCUAGAUGGGCAGGACCUUUUGUGGUACGCGAAGUGUUUUCUCACGGUGCAUGUGAGGUUGAAAAUCCGACAACAGGUGAAAAAUUUAAGGUAAAUGGGCAAAGACUUAAGCAGUACUUCGAGGGUGAACCAUCAGCCCAUAUCGUUGAACAGGUUAACUAUACAACUACUGAAAAGGAGUUGUUAGCUGUAGUCUUUGCAUUAGAAAAAUUUCGUUCUUACUUGAUUGGUUCUAAAGUGAUUGUUUAUUCUGAUCAUUCUGCUCUAAAAUUUUUGUUGGCUAAAAAAGAUGCUAAGCCUAGACUAAUAAGAUGGAUUUUAUUGCUCCAAGAGUUUGAUUUGACUAUCAGGGAUAAGAAAGGAUGUGAGAAUGUGGUCGCUGAUCAUUUGUCUCGUUUGCCUGAUGCAGCUAAUAAUUGUCCUACAUCUGAUAUUCCUAUAAAUGACAGGUUCCCUGAUGAACAGUUGCUUUCUUUACAAAAUAAAGAACCUUGGUGCAUACCUGAGUUUGAGCAUCAAAAUAUUUUGAAUCACAGUCACACUCUAAACUGCGGAGGACAUUUUAGUGGGAAGAAAACUGCAUUGAAGGUUUUGCAGUCUGGUUUUUAUUGGCCCACUUUGUUCAAGGAUGCAUUUGAAUUUUGUGCUAAGUGUGAUAGGUGCCAGAGGACAGGUAAUAUAAGUAAGCGCCAUGAAAUGCCCCUUUCAAAUAUUUUGGUUGUUGAUUUGUUUGAUGUUUGGGGAAUUGAUUUCAUGGGGCCUUUUCCCACUUCCUUUGGUUAUAAGUACAUUCUUGUGGCUGUUGAUUAUGUGUCGAAAUGGGUUGAAGCUGUGGCUACCAGAACAAAUGACAGUAAAGUUGUUUUAAAGUUCUUGAAAGAUAUUUUUGUCAGGUUUGGGACACCCAGAGCUAUUAUUAGCGAUGAAGGUACCCACUUCUGUAAUAAACUUUUUGCAGGUUUACUAAAAAAAUAUGGCAUUACUCACAGGGUGGCUACCCCGUACCAUCCCCAAACCUCUGGCCAAGUAGAGGUGAGUAACAGGCAAAUUAAAGGAAUCUUGGAAAAAACAGUGAAUCCUUCCCGGAAGGAUUGGGCUAUCAAGUUGAAUGAUGCAUUGUGGGCUUACAGGACCGCCUACAAGACCCCGAUUGGUAUGAGCCCGUACAGGUUAGUAUUUGGCAAGGCUUGUCAUUUGCCGGUGGAGUUAGAACAUAGAGCCUAUUGGGCUAUUAAAUUCUUGAAUUUUGAUUUGCAGAUAGCUGGUAAGUUAAAAUCUAGAUGGGCAGGACCUUUUGUGGUACGCGAAGUGUUUUCUCACGGUGCAUGUGAGGUUGAAAAUCCGACAACAGGUGAAAAAUUUAAGGUAAAUGGGCAAAGACUUAAGCAGUACUUCGAGGGUGAACCAUCAGCCCAUAUCGUUGAACAGGUAGAGUUGCAGAAUUAUGAAUGCCCAUGUUGUCUAGCUACAGACAAUAACUGA